AUGUCUCAACUAGCAAAUCUUGCCGUUGAGGGUGACCCUCGCCUUCACGAGAAAGAACGCGAGAUUAUUGAAAAUCUCACAGUCCAAAGUCCCGGUACUGGAACUAUUCGACCUCAGCAUCGGAAGCUGCAUGAUACUAGCGUUACCUUUGAGGAGUAUCACCACUAUGCGCAGCUUACUCGAGCUGAGGAGGAGGAGCUGACAACACCUGAGACUGGUGUUCUCUCGAUUAUUUUCCCCUCUAAAAGUGGUGGUGGAGUCGAGCAAUCCUCAGGAAAUGACCAGAAGGAUGCUGGUGCCUUGAACACUAGUGACCCAGCGACUCGCAUGACUAUUACUGAUCAAGAGUGGACCAAUGCAUCUCGCGCACUUCGGACUGCGACCCGUGGUGCGAUUUUCUAUCUGAUUACCACUGAUAUCCUGGGUCCAUUUGGUCUUCCGUACGCGUUUGCGACCAUGGGUUGGGGUCCCGGUAUCGCUUUAUACACUGUUUUUGCCUCUUUGGCCGGAUACUCCGGAUAUUUGCUUUGGGAUACUUUUCUUGGUCUUGACUCGUACCAAUUCCCCCUGCGCAGCUUUGGUGAUAUGGGAUUUCGUCUCUAUGGCCCUUGGAUGCGGCACCUCUUCAACAUCCUGCAGAGUAUUCAGCUGCUGCUGAACGUCGGUCUUAUUGUUAUUUCUAAUGGAGAAGCUCUGUCCCAAGCUGCCAAGUUCAAGCUCUGCUAUAUCAUCUGUUGUUUGAUUUGGGCCCUAGUCGGUUUCUUCCUUGGCCAGAUUCGCACCCUGCAGAAGUUCGGAUGGCUGGCCAAUGUCGCUGUGUGGCUCAAUCUUCUCUGCAUGUUUGUUACCAUGGGUGGUGCUGCUCACUCGCCCCCCAACUACACCGCUUACACUCAGGCCGCGGGCUACUCUGUUGGUGAUGGCUCGUCUGUCACGCCUGUCAAUGGUGUUUUCCCUCCCGUCAAGACCACUGGUGGACUCCCCGACCCUGCCGACUUUGCAGCCUCGGUCACCGGUGCCAUGCAGGCUGUAUUCGCCUAUGGCGGUGCCAUGGUGUUCCCCGAGUUUAUGGCUGAGAUGAAGCGUCCCAAGGAUUUCCUAACUGGCAUGUGGGCCGCCCAGGCUUUCAUUUACUUCUGCUACAUGCUCUAUGGCCUAUUCAUGUACGGCUACCAGGGCCAGUACUCCAUCAACCCCACCUACCUGGGCAUCAGCAAGUAUAGCAUUCAGACCGCCGGUAAUGUGUUUGCCAUGUUGUCGGGUGUCAUUGCCGCUGGUCUGUACGGAAACAUUGGUGUGAAGGUCAUCUACAACAACAUUUUUGUCGAGUUCUUCCGCUGCCCCCCUCUGACCGCCCGAGCUGGCAAGUUCAUGUGGGUCGCUCUGAUCCCAAUUUACUGGGCCAUCGCUUUCGUCCUCGCCGCCGGUAUCCCCAGUUUCUCAGGCUUGACCUCUGUUGUCGCUGCUUUCUGUAUCCUGCAAUUCACCUACACCUUUCCCCCGAUGUUGGCUACUCUCUUCUGGAUUCGGAAGUAUGCUCUGACGGAUGGGGAAGGAUUCGAUCCCUCCACUGGCGCGACCGUGCGCCACGACCGGGGCCUUAAGCGCUUCACUCGUGGGUUCAAGAGCAUGGGCACCAAGCGGAUCAUUUUCAGUUCCUUCAACCUGUUCUACUUCUUGGGUGCAUUGGCUCUUGCUGGUCUUGGCGCCUACUCUGCUAUCACCGGCUUAAUCUCCGCUUAUAGCUCGAGUGUGACCACUUCGUUCACCUGCAAGAGUCCUCUGGACAGUUAG